AUGACGCCUGCAGCAGACACGUGCAAGAGACAGCUAGUUGACACCACUGGCGAUGAAGUUCCCAAGGUGGAAAAUGUGAAGAAAGUGAAGCAGCCUAAAAAGUACAAAAGAAAGUAUAAAGCUAAAGAUGUGGACCCCACAGCUCCCAUGGGCGUCUUACAAUAUGAAAUCAAGCAGAUUCUUGAAGAAAACAGCCUUUCCGAGGAACUGAUUGCAAACGACAUGAAGGAGUUGCUCAACGACAAAGAGGUGGAGCAAAUCUAUCACCGUACAGUGGAGAACGUCAAGGUGUUGAAACUCUCUUCAAAUGGUGAUGGACUUGGUUUGAUUCCACAUCCAGUGAAUCCAGACGGUAAGCAGGUUGUUAUCAUUCCAUUUGGUUUGCCAGGAGAUGUAGUGGAUAUUCGUGUUUUCAAAUCUCAUCCUCUCUAUGUUGAGUCAGACUUGCUCACAGUGAAGGAAGCUUCCAAGGACAGAGACGACUCACUCAUCAACUGUCGAUACUUUGGAAAGUGUUCGGGAUGCCAAUACCAGAACGUCGACUACGAUACACAGCUCGAAUUCAAGCGUCAGACCAUCAUCAACGCAUACAAGCAUUUUGCACCCAAAUUGACUUCUGGAAGCUUGCCAGAGGUUGACAAGACACAAUCGUCGCCAUUGCAUUAUAGCUACAGAACGAAACUCACGCCCCAUUUCAAUGUGCCUAAUAGGAUUCCUCAGGAUUACACGCGGCCUUCGCUAGGUUUUGGAUCUAAAGGCAGACCCACCUGGAGACAGACAGAUGGAGGUGACUACCUGAUUUUGGAUAUCGAGGAGUGUGCUAUCGGAACUCCCAUUGUGAUCCAAGGAAUGAAGAAUGAGCGUUCGAGAUUCGAAAAGGAAUUCACCAAGUAUAAGAGAGGUGCUACCAUUCUUUUACGUGAAAACACCAUAUUGCCAGAGGAGGAUGGAGAGUUUGAGGUUACUGGCGGGUCCACGGAUCCUGAGGGACAAAUAUCAAGGAUCGAAGUGGAGGCAAACGACACCAAGCUCUUGAAGACUUGUGUUACAGAGUCACGUACAGUUGUGACGGAAUUCGUAAACGGCUACACAUUCGAGUUCAGUGCUGGUGAAUUUUUCCAGAAUAACAACCUGAUCUUGCCUAUUGUCACAGAGUACGUCAAGAACAACUUACAAAUUCCUGGAUCCGGAGAGAAUGACGAGAACUUCCUCGUGGACGCAUACUGCGGUUCUGGACUCUUCUCCAUCACCUGUCUGAGUGGAGUCUCUCGAGUUAUCGGUGUGGAGGUUAGCGCAGAUAGUGUGAAGUUUGCAGAGAGAAAUGCUAAAACCAACAAGAUCCAGAAUGCAAAGUUCAUUGUGGGAAAAGCUGAGGAAAUCUUUAAGAACAUCGACACACCAGCUAGCCGCACGUCCGUCAUUUUGGAUCCUCCAAGAAAGGGCUGUGACGAUGUAUUCUUGAACCAACUUAGUGAGUAUCACCCUGCAAAGAUCGUUUACAUCAGUUGUAAUGUGCAUUCACAGGCCAGAGAUGUUGAAUGGUUUAUUCACAACACCAAGUUUGGUGGGGAUUACAAGGUGGAGAGCGUACGUGGGUUUGAUUUCUUUCCACAGACACAUCAUGUGGAAUCGGUUGCGGUGUUGAGUUUGAAGUGA